GAUCAAGACGGCUUUUAGAGUAACCGGAGACAAGACAAACAUGUCGUCGAUCAAGCUCCUGAAUCCGAAAGCCGAGGUUGCAAGGGCCUCUCAAGCGUUAGCGGUUAAUAUUUCAGCAGCAAAGGGGUUGCAGGAUGUUCUCAGAACGAAUCUUGGACCUAAGGGAACACUCAAAAUGCUUGUGUCUGGCUCCGGGGACAUCAAGCUCACUAAGGAUGGAAAUGUCCUCUUGCAUGAAAUGCAAAUUCAGCACCCAACUGCCUCGUUGAUUGCAAGGGUAGCCACAGCCCAGGACGACAUUACAGGAGAUGGCACAACUUCCAAUGUUCUCAUCAUUGGUGAACUGCUCAAGCAGGCAGAUCUCUACAUUUCUGAAGGUUUACACCCGCGGCUUAUCACAGAGGGGUUUGAGCUGGCCCGCAACAAGGCCUUGCAGGUACUGGAGGAUGUCAAGAUCACAAGGGAGGUGGACCGCGAUACGCUCGUGCAGGUUGCCAGGACGUCACUGCGCACAAAGGUCCAUCAGGAACUGGCAGACCUACUCACAGAUCAUGUGGUGGAUGCUGUUCUUGCCAUCCACAAAUCUGGGGAGCCCAUUGACCUGCACAUGGUAGAGAUCAUGGAGAUGCAGCACAAGACUGACAUGGACACUGUGUUGGUGAAGGGUCUGGUGCUGGACCAUGGGGCUCGCCAUCCUGACAUGAAGAAGAGGUCUGAGGACGCCUACAUCCUCACGUGCAACGUUUCCCUGGAAUAUGAGAAAACGGAGGUGAACUCGGGUUUUUUCUACAAGAGCGCUGCCGAGCGUGAGAAGCUUGUACAAGCAGAGAGGCAGUUCAUUGAUGACCGUGUCCAGAAAAUCAUUGCGUUUAAGAAGAAAGUCUGUGAUGGCACCAAUAAGGGAUUCAUUGUUAUCAAUCAAAAGGGUAUAGAUCCCAUGUCACUGGACAUGCUGGCCAAGGAGGGCAUUGUGGGACUGAGGCGGGCCAAGAGGCGCAACAUGGAGCGUCUGUCCCUCGCGUGCGGCGGUAUUGCCAUGAACUCUGUGGACGAUCUGACCCUGGACUGCCUGGGUCAUGCAGGGCUGGUGUAUGAACAUGUCCUUGGGGAGGACAAGUACACGUUUGUUGAGGAAUGCAAGAACCCACUCUCCGUGACCCUGCUGGUGAAGGGGCCCAACAAGCACACGCUGACCCAGAUCAAGGACGCUCUACGGGACGGCCUGCGGGCGGUGAAGAACGCCAUAGAGGAUAACUGCGUGCUGCCGGGGGCGGGGGCCUUUGAAAUAGCGGCCUACCAGGAGCUCAUGAAGUACAAGAACGAGGUGAAGGGGAGAGCCAGAUUGGGUGUUCAGGCCUAUGCAGAUGCUCUGCUGGUGAUCAUCAAGGUUUUGGCUCAGAACUCGGGGCUUGAUCCCCAGGAGGCCAUAGUUAAGCUGCAGGAAGAGUACACCGGACCCCAGCAGGCGGUUGGGCUGGAUAUAAAAACAGGUGAAGCUCUCAUUCCUGUGGAUGUUGGCAUAUUAGACAACUACCGAGUGAAGAAACAGCUUUUACAUUCAUGCACUGUUAUAGCCAGCAACCUGCUUCUUGUGGAUGAAAUCAUGAGGGCUGGAAUGAGCUCACUUAAGGGAGACGGAUGAAAGGCUUAUAUGCAGUCAUCUGGAAGUCGUCUCCCAUUCUCUGCACAGUUUUAGUUGAUAAACGUCCAGAUGGGAAAAUGUGUUCUGCAUGAGCUGUUUAUUAGGAAAAUAAUUGACACUAGAUCACAAAAUGUGCUUAUAGCCUUUAACAUGUAAUUUAAUUAUCUUUUUUUAACUGCUGUGUGAACAAAUAAAUGUGCAUUUUCCA